AUUUCGAUGUAAAAGUUAUUUUGGUGUGCUAUAUUGAACUUAUUUGAAGCCUACUAUUACUGACACUCAAUUGUAUGGUUCAUAGGCUGCGAUAGUUGGGCCGCGCUAUCCUCUUGUUUUGUUUUCUUUGCCCGGGCGUUAAGAGCCAAACAAAGUUUGCCCUGUUGGUCCAGUCCAAUGUUUCAACUGUGUGGCCUCUCCCCCGAACACACUAGUUAAUGCGCGAGUUAUUUAAGGAAGACAGCCAGACAGUGGAAGAGACAGUGAAACAGUGAAAGAUUUAUAUAAAAGUAGUUCAUUAAAAAAAUGAUCAGAUGUGAGAUGUGACUGAUUCACUGCAAGGUCGGGUAAGAGAAAACAAAAGUUGUACUUGGUCUAGACUAAUUGAUAGAUAUGACUUCUAGGUAUGCUGGCCAUGAAGUGCUACCUACAGUGCAGUCUGUUAGUUCUGAUUGAAGUCAAGGGACAGCGAUAUCAACAUGAAUAGUGUCAAUCAGUUCUUUUUGUUAGCAAUGAUAUUCCUCCCUAUUGAUUGUCGUCAGAUGUGUUGGACAUGCCAGUACUUAAGACCUGGUCGAGGCCUAGAGUGCACUACAGUUCCAGCCAAUUGGACAGGUGGAGAAAGCCGAAUGAGGUGCCCUACUAAGUGUAUCAUAACAGCAGAUUAUGACUCAACAAGUGGUGAAGCCAAGUUUUUCCACAGAGGCUGUGGUGAAUCGAGUCAAAAAGAUGGCUGCUUAGAUUUAGGAGCAAGUCAUAACUGUUUCUUCGCAUGUGAGGGCAAUGAUUACUGUAAUGGUCAAAGCUUACCUAGAUCUCCUCUAUUGGAAGGGCAUGGCGUUAACCGAUCUAGUCAAGAUUCCAUGCCAAAAGAUGUCAUCAUAUUGACUUUGACCUUAGCUAUGCUCAUUAAAUGUCAAACCUUGGCCAUUGUCUCUAUGUAUUGAAUGAAUGGUUGACUCUAGCUCACAUUGUCUCUAUGUAUUGAACGAAUGGUUGACUCUAGCUAACAUUGUCUCUAUGUAUUGAACGAAUGGUUGACUCUAGCUCACAUUGUCUCUAUGUAUUGAACGAAUGGUUGACUCUAGCUAACAUUGUCUCUAUGUAUUGAAUGAAUGGUUGACUCUAGCUUACAUUGUCUCUAUGUAUUGAACGAAUGGUUGACUCUAGCUUACAUUGUCUCUAUGUAUUGAACGAAUGGUUGACUCUAGCUUACAUUGUCUCUAUGUAUUGAACGAAUGGUUGACUCUAGCUCACAUUGUCUCUAUGUAUUGAACGAAUGGUUGACUCUAGCUAACAUUGUCUCUAUGUAUUGAACGAAUGGUUGACUCUAGCUCACAUUGUCUCUAUGUAUUGAACGAAUGGUUGACUCUAGCUAACAUUGUCUCUAUGUAUUGAACGAAUGGUUGACUCUAGCUCACAUUGUCUCUAUGUAUUGAACGAAUGGUUGACUCUAGCUCACAUUGUCUCUAUGUAUUGAACGAAUGGUUGACUCUAGCUCACAUUGUCUCUAUGUAUUGAACGAAUGGUUGACUCUAGCUCACAUUGUCUCUAUGUAUUGAAUGAAUGGUUGACUCUAGCUAACAUUGUCUCUAUGUAUUGAACGAAUGGUUGACUCUAGCUCACAUUGUCUCUAUGUAUUGAACGAAUGGUUGACUCUAGCUCACAUUGUCUCUAUGUAUUAGGCGAAUGGUUGACUCAAGCUCACAUUGAACGAAUGGUUGACUCUAGCUUACAUUGUCUCUAUGUAUUGAACGAAUGGUUGACUCUAGCUUACAUUGUCUCUAUGUAUUGAACGAAUGGUUGACUCUAGCUCACAUUGUCUCUAUGUAUUGAACGAAUGGUUGACUCUAGCUAACAUUGUCUCUAUGUAUUGAACGAAUGGUUGACUCUAGCUCACAUUGUCUCUAUGUAUUGAACGAAUGGUUGACUCUAGCUAACAUUGUCUCUAUGUAUUGAACGAAUGGUUGACUCUAGCUCACAUUGUCUCUAUGUAUUGAACGAAUGGUUGACUCUAGCUCACAUUGUCUCUAUGUAUUGAACGAAUGGUUGACUCUAGCUCACAUUGUCUCUAUGUAUUGAACGAAUGGUUGACUCUAGCUCACAUUGUCUCUAUGUAUUGAAUGAAUGGUUGACUCUAGCUAACAUUGUCUCUAUGUAUUGAACGAAUGGUUGACUCUAGCUCACAUUGUCUCUAUGUAUUGAACGAAUGGUUGACUCUAGCUCACAUUGUCUCUAUGUAUUGAACGAAUGGUUGACUCUAGCUAACAUUGUCUCUAUGUAUUGAAUGAAUGGUUGACUCUAGCUUACAUUGUCUCUAUGUAUUGAACGAAUGGUUGACUCUAGCUUACAUUGUCUCUAUGUAUUGAACGAAUGGUUGACUCUAGCUUACAUUGUCUCUAUGUAUUGAACGAAUGGUUGACUCUAGCUCACAUUGUCUCUAUGUAUUGAACGAAUGGUUGACUCUAGCUAACAUUGUCUCUAUGUAUUGAACGAAUGGUUGACUCUAGCUCACAUUGUCUCUAUGUAUUGAACGAAUGGUUGACUCUAGCUAACAUUGUCUCUAUGUAUUGAACGAAUGGUUGACUCUAGCUCACAUUGUCUCUAUGUAUUGAACGAAUGGUUGACUCUAGCUCACAUUGUCUCUAUGUAUUGAACGAAUGGUUGACUCUAGCUCACAUUGUCUCUAUGUAUUGAACGAAUGGUUGACUCUAGCUCACAUUGUCUCUAUGUAUUGAAUGAAUGGUUGACUCAAGCUCACA